CCAUAUUACUUUCAGUUCAGUUUCUUUAAUUUUUGUAAUACAUAAAUUAAAGAUGAAGCUACAACUUUCUUAAAUCAACUGUAGUACUAAACAGCACUAAUUCAAGAAGACAACCUAAAAUUUGAUACAUAUUCCCUGUUUUGAGUAAAUUGAAAUUUGUCUACAACUAACAUCCUUGAAAUGCUUUUUUUUCUUCAUAUUUUGUUAUAGUUAUAUAGUUUCCAUAACUUUCCAAUUGAAGGCCUAAAUGAGUUCCCUAGAUGGGAUCAUUAUAUUUCUUGGACCACAGAGUUUUUCUGUUUAAUAAUAAUGUUUAAUGAAAAGAGAGGAUAACAAAACUUGUAGCACAUUAAUCUGCUUGGUGAAAUUCUGACCACUAGCCAUCAGUUAGACUUUAUGAACUACCAUGCAGUUUCCUAAUACAUGUGGUAUCGCUCGUAGGAUAUUCAUCUCUUCUUAGCAUGCUUCUGACACUUCUUUGUGAUUGAGAGUCAAAUCAAGAAUGGCUUCAUUUGGCACAUGCUCAUUGUCCAGAUAAACCUGUUAGAGGGACGUAGCCGUGUGUUUUUCACAUGAUUUUACUCUUUUGGCAUGACGAGAACUUAAGCAGAGUGAUACUUUCCAUCCGCACACUGUGGCCACCAGCACUAUGUGAUCAAAAGCUAAGUUGUUAUUCAACUACUGGAAAGCCAACACUUGACUUUGGCGUUCAUGGACUUCGACCAAAUUACGACAAUGGCUCCUAUCCAUCAAGUUGUGAUAUCACAAACCUCUAUGAUGAAACAAAGAUCAAAGACCUGAUAAGUAGCAUGCAAGAGAACUGGCCAACGCUAGCCUGUCUAAGAAAUAAAGGAACAAAAUUCUGGUCACACGAAUGGGACAAACAUGUUACCUGUUCCCUUUCUACUCUAGAUGAGCAUUCUUACUUCAAAGCAGCUCUGACCAUUAAGGAGAAGGAAUUGAGCCAGGAGGCUUUUAUAGCGUGGAAAUAAUCAAGGAAGCUGUAAAGAUGGAACUGGACAUGAAGCAGCAAUAGAAUGCAAUAAGGAUGCACUUGGUGUUGUGCAUUUUUCAGUAUUAAGCAUCAACGUGAGACUUGAGCAGGAAAAUCAUCAAUCUCAUCUGUCCACGCGUUCUUUUCUUUGGCUGGAUUGACUGUCUUGAGGGCGCGCCAAACAGCACUAUUACAUUUGAAUCCUGAUCCAAAUCCUAUUUGCCACGCUCUAUCGCCCUUCUUAAUCCUUCCUUUAGCCUCGGAAUAGGCCAAAUUGUACCAC